AUGGUGGAAAUGAGGAAAUCUGGGGGUAUGAGACCGGAGUCUGAAUUGGCGGCCAAGUGCCGAGAUGAGCUGCCGGUGAAGCUGGAGAUCGUGGAGGAUGAUUUAGAAGAAGCGCAUGGUCCUCUCAACAAGCGAUCCAGGUUAUGGAGCUCUGGGACAAGCUCAUCGCUAAUGGCACCGGCUAAGUAUAACCCGCUUGAUGAGCCGAGUCCUCUUGGUCUGACCCUUAGGAAGAGUCCGUCUUUGUUGGAGUUGAUUCAGAUGAGGCUAACUCAAAGUGGCGACCCAAAUUCCGAAACGCUACAAGCUGGUGCAGUUGGCUCUGGUGUGAAGAAAGAGAGUAAAUGUGUUACUGUUGCAUCAGUUGGAGCGACGUCGGCGCCAGGAAGUAUUGAGAAGCUGAAAGCUUCCAACUUUCCUGCUUCGGUUUUGAAGAUCGGGCAGUGGGAGUACAAAUCAAGGUAUGAAGGUGAUUUGGUGGCAAAGUGUUACUUCGCAAAGCACAAACUUGUUUGGGAAGUGUUGGAACAAGGCCUCAAGAGUAAAAUCGAGAUCCAAUGGUCAGAUAUUAUGGCUUUGAAGGCCAACUGUCCUGAAGAUGGACCUGGAACAUUGACUCUCAUGCUUGCUAGGCAGCCCUUGUUUUUCCGGGAAACAAACCCACAGCCUAGAAAACAUACUUUGUGGCAGGCGACAUCAGAUUUCACCGAUGGCCAAGCUAGCAUGAACAGGCAGCAUUUUCUGCAAUGUGCUCAAGGGAUAAUGAACAAACAUUUCGAAAAACUCGUUCAAUGUGAUCAUCGCCUGUUCCAUCUAAGCCGUCAGCCGGAGAUAGUCAUGGACUCUCCCUACUUUGAUGCACGGCAAUCUAUCUUUGAGGAUCCAAGUGAAUCAAAAGGCCAUCUUUAUGGUACUUUGAGCCUUAGCACAGGUCCUUCAAUAUCUGGGACUCAUAAUUUAGCAUCUCCUGUUGGGGCUCAGUCUUCAUCUGAACCUAUGUAUCUGUCUCAUGAAGCACCAUCUCCCAGCUCAGUGAUAGAUGCUCGUGCAAAUGAAGGAAAUGGGGGUUCUGAAGCAGUCAAUUCAAGAAACACAGCGGAUUGUGGCCAGACCGGAGUAUCUGGACUACACCACUCUAUGUCGCUGAGCGAUUUCCUUGCACUUCUCAGUGAUCCAAAAAACACAGCGGAUUCAAGUCAGGUUGAAGAAGUAGCUGGCGUACACCAGUCUAUGUCCGUGAGUGAUUUCGUUGCACUAUUAUCUGAUUCGAGAAACAUAGCUGAUUCGAGUCAGAUAAAAGUGCCUGGGCUACACCAAUCUAUGUCAGUGAGCGAUUUCGUUGGAUUUCUCUCUGAUUCUGCUGGUGGAAGUUAUCCUGAACACAUGGAGAAGUUUGAGAACAUGAAGCAGCAGUUGCUAAGCGAUAAUAUCCAGUUCGAUACACCAGAUGAGAAGUCUCUCAUGCCAAGGGUCAAUUCUUUAUUCAACCUCUUGUACAAGGAUCCAAACGUCGCUACAAACUCACAGCUCAAUACCGAAAUCUCGGUUGGACUGAAGCCUGAACCGAAUGAUCUGAAGGGGAUUGUGUCUGACAACAACAACAACAGAGUUGUUGAUCCAGCUUCCAGCAGCAAACCACAGGGUAUGUUGAGGAAAGACUCGUUCGGCGAUUUGCUAUUACACCUCCCCCGGAUCACAUCCCUGCCCAAGUUCUUGUCCAACAUUUCAGAAGAAGAUGGUGAUGCAUAUAAUAGAUAA